CGCUAUCGCAGUGGCGUUGUGUUGCAGUUGUAUAGUUUCCGGUCUGCAGAAGCAAGAUGGACGAAAAUUCAGCGACAUCGAAUCAAAACGAACGAAGACCGUUUCUGGACUUUAAAUACCUGUACUUGACGUUUAGUGGGCAAUUGAAGAUCGCAGAAUUCAUCACUUCGUUAUUGGCAGGCGCACUCGUUCCUUCGACUGUUUAUGAACAUGCUGCGGGGUUUUCAUUUGUUAGUUUCGUCGCGUGGACAACGUUCAUUAAUGUUGUCCUUGAUAUUAUUCUUCAUCUUGUUCGUGUUUGGGAGAAGUUGUUAUUUGUCAGCAGAUAUCCACAAGUGUUGGUUUGCUUGUGCUUUCUUGGAUCCAUUUCAUUAUUUGUCGCAGCUAUAGUCGAAAUUAGUAUCUCGAAGUAUGCCGAAAAUCCUGGCUUGGGCUACGCGUCUGCUUUCUUCGCUCUUGCGUGUUGUGCCCUGUUGGGUGUGGAGUGUUUCUAUCACUACAGAAGAUACCGUGACGCACAGCAUCAAAAAGCGACUGAAAUGACUUCGACUGCAGACUCUGGUGCUGUUCAAGAUCCAAACUUUGCUGCUUAUUAAUGUCUUUUCUUAUAGUUAUAAAUGGACAGUGUGAUUAUAUCUUGUACGUCAAUAAAACCUGUCCGUCAGCAUAUUACACCCAAUUACACCCAGUUGUAAUGUCGUCGUUGAAUUUUGAAGAUAUUAUAUAUUGAAGAUUUAUGUAUUACAUGCAGAAAAAUGACUAA